UGACAGCUCAUUGUUGCAAGAGCAAAUAAGUGGAACAAAUCAUUUCCCAUACAAUAAAAUUUCAAACGUGUACGUCUAAUUAUAAAUAAAAAUUUAUAUUAAAUAAAGAAAUAUUAUUCAGUUCUAUAAUUGGCAGAAAUAUGAAGAUUAUCUGCAAUAAAUCCAACCCGCCUUUAGGUGGUUUGCUAGCUGUAAAUUUGUAUCGAUCUCUUGGAAAUACUAUUGAAGUUACUUGGGGCAAUGAGUCCACUGUUACUCUGCCUAAAAGCUCCAAACCUUUGCCAUAUGGAACAAGCAAUGAUUUGAUAAGAAUACUAGAGAAUUCCUUUAAUAAAUCCGCUGGUCUGCUCCAGAAAGUGACUAUGAAUCACUGGUUGUCAUUCAGUCUCAUUUUGGAUGAUGAGAUCCCCAAAUCUGUGGAGUACUUAGACAAAACUCUUGGGCCAUUAACCUAUUUAGUUGGAGAAUCUAUAUCUGUCUCUGAUUUAGCUGUAUUUAGCAUAUUAUAUGUGUCUGCUAAAUUUAAAGAGAUUAAAAAUUCAAACCCUCCAAAUAAUAUAAUUCGUUGGAUGAAACUUAUUCAGGCUCAGCCUCCAAUAGCUGAUGCUUUAAAGGAGAUACCAUCUGAUGUUAUUGAGAAUUUAUCUAAAGCAUCAAGCAGGAGAUCCCCAUCAACCAAUCCGGAAAGUGGUGCUCGUCAAGAGGGUAAAUUUGUGGAACUGCCACAUGCUGAGAUGGGAAAAGUUGUUGUACGGUUCCCACCUGAGGCAUCUGGAUAUCUUCAUAUAGGGCAUGCCAAGGCAGCUUUAUUGAAUCAGUACUAUCAGCAGGCAUUCCAAGGGAAGCUUGUUAUGAGAUUUGAUGACACCAAUCCUGCUAAAGAGAAUGCUGAAUUUGAGAAGGUGAUUCUAGAGGAUGUUGAAAUGUUGGAGAUCAAACCAGACAUGUUUACACACACGUCGCAAUACUUCGACCUGAUGUUGCAAUAUUGUGAAAAGUUGAUCAAAGAAGGCAAAGCAUUUGUGGACGACACUCCAGCUGAGCAGAUGAAGAACGAGAGAGAACAGAAGAUUGAUAGCAAAAAUAAAAACAAUUCCGUAGAGAAGAAUAUGAAAUUGUGGGAGGAGAUGAAGAAAGGCUCCGAUAUAGGCGUCCAGUGUUGUGUACGCGCCAAAAUCGACAUGCAGUCUGCCAACGGUUGUUUGCGGGAUCCGACCAUCUACAGGUGCAAGCCUGAGACGCAUCCGCGCACCGGAAACCAGUAUAAAGUAUAUCCGACGUACGACUUCGCGUGUCCGAUCGUGGACGCCGUGGAGGGGGUGACACAUGUUCUCCGCACCAUGGAGUAUCACGACCGCGACCCGCAGUUCUACUGGUUCAUCGAUGCGCUCGGCCUAAGGAAGCCCUAUAUUUGGGAGUACAGUAGGUUGAGUAUGACAAAUACAGUAUUAUCAAAGAGGAAGCUGACCUGGUUUGUGGAGCAGGGUUUAGUCGACGGAUGGGACGACCCGCGCAUGCCGACGGUGCGCGGCGUGCUGCGGCGCGGGCUGGCGGUGGAGGCGCUGCGCCAGUUCAUCCGCGCGCAGGGCUCCAGCCGCUCCGUCGUCUUCAUGGAGUGGGAUAAGAUCUGGGCUAUCAACAAGAAGGUUAUUGACCCAGUUGCACCUCGAUACACCGCCUUGGAAUCGAACCCAGUACCAGUGAACCUAAAGGGCGUGACGUCAGACAGCAGUCUCACAGUCGCGCUCCAUCCUAAAAAUGCUGAUGUGGGCACCAAGAAAAUAUGGGUGUCGCAACGACUGCUCAUAGACCAAGCAGAUGCUAAGACGCUAAAAGAAGGCGAAAACGCUACUUUCAUUAAUUAUGGAAACAUAAUGAUUGAUAAAAUCCAUAAGGCACCAGAUGGGACAGUAACUAGCGUCGACGGGACUCCGAACCUCGACAAUAAGGAUUACAAGAAAACUCUAAAGCUGACGUGGUUAGCGGACACCCCUAACUCGCCUACCGUGGAAGUGUAUUGCGUUUACUUCGAUCACAUCAUAUCAAAACCUCUAUUAGGCAAGGAUGAGGACUUUAAACAGUACAUUGGACAUCAGACAAGGUGGGAGAUACCAAUGCUGGGCGAGCCGGAACUCCUCAAGCUGAAGGUCGGCGAUGUGAUACAGCUGCAGCGGCGCGGCUUCUUCCGCGUGGACGUGGCCCCCGCGCCGCCGUCGCCAUACACCGCGCGCGCCACGCCGCUCGUGCUGUUCCACGUCCCGGACGGACACACCAAGGAAAUGCCCGGACAGCCAAAACCAGUACAAACUACUCAGUCUAAGCAAUCUGCGCCUGCUGUUUCCGACGCUGUUCAACUCAACGAGCAGAUCACCAAGCAAGGCGACUUGGUCCGCUCUCUCAAGACCGCAAAAGCCGAAAAGAGUAAAAUUGACGAGGCCGUCAAGUCCUUAUUGGAUCUUAAAGCCAAGUACAAAGCUGCCACUGGCCAGGAAUGGAAACCUGGAGCAUCUCCAGCGCCUACCAAUACACCAGUUACAGGUGAUGCCGUGAAGUUGGAUCAAGAAAUCACGAAGCAAGGCGAUCUCGUCCGUUCGCUCAAAAGUGCUAAGGCUGAAAAGGCCAAAAUCGACGAAGCUGUGAAGGCCUUAUUGGAUCUUAAAGCAAAAUAUAAGACUACUACUGGACAGGAGUGGAAACCUGGAGCUUCUCCAGCGCCUGCUAAAACACCAGCCACGGGCGACGCCGGAAAUUUGGAUCAAGAAAUCACGAAGCAAGGUGAUCUUGUACGUUCGCUCAAAAGUGCCAAAGCCGAAAAGGCCAAGAUCGAUGAAGCAGUGAAGGUUUUAUUGGACCUCAAAGCGAAGUAUAAGGCUGCUACAGGACAGGAAUGGAAACCCGGUAACACGGCACCUGUGCAAAAGACGAACGACGGUGGAGUGAGUGAACUGUUGUCCCAGAUCACAGCGCAGGGUGAUAAGGUACGGAAGUUGAAGGCUGAGAAGGCAGACAAGGCGGCCGUCGACGCUGAGGUAAAAACCCUUCUGAGUCUCAAAGCACAAUAUAAAACCCUAACCGGCACUGAUUGGACACCUAACGCUACUGCGAAUAAUUCCCAGCCUGCUAACACAGCACCUGUGCAGAAGACGAACGACGGUGGAGUGAGUGAACUGUUGUCCCAAAUCACAGCGCAGGGCGAUAAGGUACGGAAGUUGAAGGCUGAGAAGGCGGACAAGGCGGCCGUUGACGCUGAGGUAAAAACACUUUUGAAUCUGAAGGCACAGUACAAGACGAUCACUGGCACCGAUUGGACGCCAAACGCUUCUGUUGCAAAUAAUAAACAGCAAACUCCAGCAACAAUGAAUGUCAAUGGUGGGGAUAGUGCAGCGGCCAUCGUUGCAGAGAUUACGAAGCAAGGCGAUAUCGUUCGAGACCUUAAGGCUAAGAAGGCAGACAAGGCGACCAUAGAUGCGGAGGUGAAGAAGUUGCUAAACCUCAAGGCGAGCUACCAAACGUUAACGGGCACUGCGUACGCACCGCCGGCGCAGGCCCGCGAAAGUAAACCGAAAGAGAAAAAAGAAAAACCUAAAGAGGCUAAAGCAGAGAAGCCGAAAGAAAAGUCACCAAAACCAGUCAAAGAGGAGUCGUCAACAGGCGUGAAGAAGGUGACAAGACUUGGCCUGGAAGCCAGCAAGGACACAAAUCUACCCGAAUGGUACUCACAGGUCAUAACCAAAUCGGAAAUGAUAGACUACUACGACAUAUCCGGGUGCUAUAUCCUCCGGCCGUGGUCGUACAGCAUAUGGGAGGUGAUACGUAACUUCCUCAGCACUGAAUUCAAGAAACUUGGCGUGAAAGAUGGAUACUUCCCCAUAUUCGUAUCUAAGGCGGCGUUAGAACGCGAAAAGACGCACAUAGCGGACUUCGCGCCGGAGGUGGCGUGGGUGACGCACUCCGGGUCGUCGGAACUGGCCGAGCACAUCGCUGUGCGACCCACCUCCGAGACUGUCAUGUACCCCGCGUACGCAAGGUGGAUACAGAGCCACCGCGACCUGCCGCUCAAGCUCAACCAGUGGAACAACGUCGUGAGAUGGGAGUUCAAGCAGCCGCAGCCGUUCCUCCGCACGCGGGAAUUCCUCUGGCAGGAGGGGCACACCGCCUUCCGCACUCAGGAGGAGGCCGCCGAGGAAGUACUGCUCAUACUUGAUUUGUACGCGCGCGUCUACGAAGAGUUACUCGCUAUACCGGUGGUGAAAGGUCGUAAGACGGAAAAGGAGAAGUUUGCCGGUGGCGAUUACACCACCACCGUGGAAGCGUAUAUACCGGCCAGUGGCAGAGCCAUACAGGGUGCAACGAGUCAUCACUUGGGUCAGAACUUCUCGAAGAUGUUCGAGAUUGUUUACGACGAUCCCGAGACGCAGGAAAAAGCGUACGUGUACCAGAACUCAUGGGGUCUUACCACCAGAACGAUAGGUGUACUAAUAUUGGUUCACGGCGACGACAGAGGGUUAGUGUUGCCUCCCCGCGUUGCUGAAAUACAAAUCAUAGUGGUACCAUGCGGUAUUACGGCGUCCAGUACGCAGGAGGAGAGGAAGAAGCUGAUAGACUCUUGCAAGGAGUUAGUGAACGAUUUCGUUGCUGCUGGCAUCAGGGCGGAAGGCGACUAUAGGGACAAUUACUCACCGGGCUGGAAAUUCAACCAUUGGGAAUUAAAGGGCGUGCCGGUACGUGUGGAACUGGGCCCCAAGGACUUGGCGCGUGAGGAGUUGGUGGCGGUGCGACGCCUCACCGGUGAAAAGAUCACCAUGAAGCGCGCUACCGCCGCCGCCGAGCUGGUCGCGCUGCUGGACAGGACCCACCAGGAAAUGUUCACCAAAGCAUUGAAGGAUCGCAAUGAACGACUGUCGUUAGUGAACAAAUGGGAGGACUUCACUUCGGCGUUAGACCGCAAACAUAUAUUGCUGGCGCCCUUCUGUGGUAUUACAUCGUGCGAGGACAAGAUCAAAGCCGACAGUGAGAGGAAAGAAGAGGACGAAACCGAAGAAAUUAAAGGCCCGGCCAUGGGUGCGAAGUCCCUCUGCAUACCGUUCUUGCAGCCGCGCGACCUUCUCCCGUCCGACCGCUGCAUACAUCCCAAUUGCGACAGAAAGCCACAAUAUUUUACGCUAUUCGGACGUAGCUACUAAUUCAUCAUUAUAUUUAUAUAAUAAAACUAAUUAAACAAAUUUUGUACUGAAUAAAUUAAUCUACAGUUAUAA